CGAGUCAGCUCAGAGCCCCUGGGGUCCAACCAAGGCUUUCCCAUGGGUGGAUGCCCACGGGGGACAGAGUUUAAGUUUGCUCCACAACAAAGCCUUAUCAGCAACCUUUAGCCGUGUUUGCUCAGACCCUCCGGCCAUUGGGUAGCCAGGCCCGACCCCCAGGACAAGGUACUGCUGCUGGCUCAGCACAUGCUGCCAGCGGGGUGGCCAGGCCAGAGCACAGCCAGUGUCCAGCAAUGCAGGCCAGCGGUGACACCAAGGAGCCCCCGCUGCCUCUGGCACUGAGCAGGUUUCAGGUCUCCGAGGAGUUUGGCUUCCUGCUUCCCGACCCUCUGACAGAGCUGCCAGCACCCUACGGGCCCUGGAUGGACAUCGCCCGUGAGCUGCCCCAGCUGAUCGCCAGCCAUCAGCUCCGCUCACGCGUUCGCCAGAUGCCGCAGCUGAGCUCCCAGCACCUCCGAGGACGUGAGGAGCUGCACUUGGCACACCUGGUGCUCAGCUUCAUCACCAUGGGCUACGUCUGGCAGGAGGGAGAGGAGGGCACCGUGCAGGUCCUGCCCCGAAAUCUCGCCGUCCCCUACUGGGAGGUGUCACAGGCCCUGGGGCUCCCGCCCAUCCUCAGCCACGCAGACUUUGUGUUGGCCAACUGGAGGAGGAAGGACCCCAACGGGCCUCUGGAAAUUGAGAACCUGGACACGAUCAUCACCCUGCCUGGCGGAGAGAGCCUGCAGGGCUUCAUCCUUGUCACCCUGCUUGUUGAGAAGGCAGCUGUGCCUGGCAUUAAGGCAAUCAGCCGGGCCCUUGGUGCCAUCCUGCAGUGUGAUGAGGAGACCCUGCACAGAGCUCUGGAGGAGCUGGCAGGGGCCAUCAAGGCCAUGAGAGAGGCGCUGAGGCAGAUGCAUGACCAUGUGGAUCCAGAAGUGUUCUACUCUGAGAUCCGGAUCUUCCUCUCUGGCUGGAAGGACAACCCUGCCAUGCCGCACGGGCUCAUCUACGAGGGGGUGUCCCCGGAGCCCUUGGCGUACUCGGGGGGCAGCGCGGCGCAGAGCUCGGUCCUGCACGCCUUCGAUGAGCUCCUGGGGAUCUGCCACCGCCAGGACAGUGCUGCCUUCCUGCACAGGAUGAGAGACUACAUGCCCCCGCCCCACAGAGCGUUUGUGGAGGAGGUCCGGGGUGCCGUGUCCCUGAAGCAGCAUGUGCUGUCCUCGGGGGAUGCUCGGCUCCGAGCCGCCUUCAAUCGCUGCGUGUCUGCGCUGACAGACUUCAGGUCCUACCACAUCAGCAUCGUCACCAAGUACAUCUCCACCGCGGCGGCCAAAGCCAGGGCCAGGCGGGCACAGCCGAGUGCCAGCGCCGGCCCCGCGGUGGGGAAGCCCCCGUCUGCCCUGGAGGCUAAAGGAACCGGCGGGUCCCACAUCUUCAGCUUCCUGAAGAGCAUCAGGGACACCACCAGGGAGGGGAUGAUAAGUGCCUGACCUAGCCCGAGGGCUGCCCAAAGCGGGGCGCAGGAGGCCAAGGGGCUUUGGUGUCUGAUCCAAGGUCCAAAACCUCGCAUCAGCAUCAGCAUCACCUUCCCACCCUGUGCACGUCUGGGACAUGAGGGCUGCUGAGAGAGAGCGCUGCUGCCUCCCCCAGCAGGCACUCAGCGAGCUCAGCAUCCUCCCCUGCCACCGGCAUGGGCACAGUGUCCUCCUGUGGAACCGGCGAUCACACAUCAGCCCCGGCUCCCAGGGGAGAGCUAUUCCCUCCCAGCCCCGCUUCACCCCCGCUCCGCCGGGCGGGGCCGCAGCUCCGGUACACACGGGUGGGUUACACGGACGAAUAAAGCGGCGAUUCCCGACCCAGCCGACA